CAAAAGACAAGGCCGGCACAGUAGAGGUUAAAACACUUAGAAUGUCCAUCUUGGAGGUGGCAGAGGCCGUCGAAAAAUUUGCUCUUAAUUAUGGCAAGCGACACUUGAGUGGAAAGAGGUCUUUGGAAAGGAUCGUUUUCCCAAAAAUAGGUGAGUUUGUGGCCUUCAAUCCUGUUUAGUUUCGAAGUCUAUUCUUCUGUUACUUACUGACUUGCUGACUGACCCACUGAAUUGUCUAAUUUACUACAGCUAGAUGAUGUAAGAACUCAUUUAUAAGCCCAAUUUUUAAGAAACGUUAAUGUUGAAUGUCAUAGAUACAUCUGUUCUUUUAAUCUGCUUGAUACUUUGAUUAUUCGCGGUGUAGAAGGAAAUUCAACGUAUUCUUGAACAGUUAACAACACGAAAGAAUUGGAAUCCUUCAAAUUGUGAAAUCAUUCUUCUGGCUCUGUUUAUUGAAACUUUUCUUAGAUGAUAAAUUUAUGAGUAACACUUUACUAUCUAAAAUUUCAAAUCUUACAAAUACUUUCCGGUUGCAUCACUUAAUACACUGAGCUCAAAAUUGGCCUAUCGUCUGCGAUGCAUAUAAAUGCAAGAUUCUUAACCGUACUCAUAGAAACUCCCUAAUGAACUUUAUAGUUCUCCGACGAAACGGUUCGAGGAACCAAUUGAGUUUUCACUAUUUUAGUCCGUACAGUAUUACUCACUUUUUCAUCAGUUUUACCCUAAAAAACCUUGUAAAAUGGUUGAAAUCGUCGAAUAGUCGUUGAAGGGCAAAUAAGGUACAAACAAUACAGGUCCAUCUAAUAAGAUUAUGAAAUAUUUUUGUAUACCGCAAAACGCACGUUUGCGUAGAUGUGUUAUUGUAAAUUUCACCGUAACUGCUUUCAUUUGUCUUUUUUUUUUCCCGACAGUUUUGGUCAUUCAAAAAGCCUAUCGCAAGAAUGCAAGUGGCUUCCACUUUGAGGAACAACAAUGGCGAGCAAGAAUCGAUAUCCCUUCUUCAAAUUUUGAGGAAAAUGGUUCGUAUCAACUAUUGUGGUAACUUCACAACUUUUAGUAUUACCUUGGUUUCUCCAAUAGAAAUUUCUGUAUUGAAUCAAAGCCUCAUAUGAAGGCGCUUUCUUAGUUUACAUAGUCUAUCUUCUUUAAUCAUUCGCCUGCUAAAAAUUCACAUAGCUCAGAGCCUGAUAAAACUUUCAAUUUUGUGUCUUUUAUGUUGUUGUUUGAUAACUUUUUUUGUUGAUUCUUGGGGGUUUUAAAGGAUCAAUGGUGGUUGCGUGUGUGUACAAGGAUCUGCAUGACCUACUCCUGACAGAUCAAGUCAUAAGGAGUGAAACAGACCACCAAAGGUGCCGUUAUUUUCGUCUUACUCCAUGUCGUUUACCCCCAAAAACACAUAACACGGAAACACAUAAGAUCUAAGUUUAACUAAACUGAACUGAGAAACUUUCCAAAAACCCUAAUUAAGGUUGGAAGCUUCCCUGCUUAUCUCUGACCAUUUCACCUUCAUGAAAAAUUGGCUUGAAUCUACCAAAAGUAUGUUAUAUUGCUUCCUCGAUUCUGGUCCAUUUUCAAAUACAAUUUCUUCAUAGGUAUAUCAACUCCAGGAUAAUGGCCGUAACUAUGGACCCCAAGCCAGAGAAAUUAGAAGAAAAUGUCAUCCUAAAGUUCAAAAACCUAAAGGUAACGUGAAAAUUAGUUGCUGUGUGUUGUUUUGAUUUAUUCUGACAAGAUAAAACGCAUUUUCAGGUCUUGACAGCAGAGAAGCGCUGUAUGUUUUGGAGUGGCCUCAGCAAAAGGUAAAAAUACUACAAUAUAUUAUUGUAUAGUAUUUAUUCCUUCUAAAAUUAAAUCAGUUAUGGAGGAGAAUGAAUGAACUUUCGCGCAGAUUAACACAUUAACAACAUGUUGUUUUUUUUAGAGAGAGGAAGUCUGAUUGAAAUGUCCUCGCAACUAAGAAAAUCUUAGCGCAAAAUUGUGAAACAUCACCUCUUCCCCAAACAAUGAAUAAUUUUGUGCCCUUUGUUAACUUUAAAUUUUUUUUAUGUCUGACAGCUUUUCAGAGGAAGGAUGCCAUGUAGUUACAUCAAAAAGCAACUCAGAAGAAACAGUUUGCAGUUGCAAUCAUUUGACGCAUUUUGCCGUCUUAAUGGACUACGCUGGUAGCACAAAGGUAAUAAAGUUAGUUUUGUCUUACUCAAUAGUUUUAUGGGCUCAAUGAACUAACUAAAUGUUGUCCUUCAAUUUUUCUUUUUUUAACACAGCUCACCGAGGAGGACGAAACAAUUCUGAAAAUUAUCACCUACGUGGGACUGAGCCUUUCCAUCGUCGGGAUACUUUUAACAUUAAUACUUUAUUCUUGCCUCACGUAAGUAAUGUACCUGAAUAAUAAUUAGGUAGAUUUUUAACUCCCCUCAACAAGGCUGGUGAGAAAAGAGAUCUCAAUGCAAGUCUCCAUGCAAACAAGAACAUGCAUGUCGGAUAAUUCACAAAUUCAAGCUUCAUUUCAUGCCCCAUCACGAAUGCUUGAACAACUCAUGGUUUCACGGUUUAUAAAUUGUUUAGGGUUUAGAGAUUUUCUUCGUAAUAUGUCCUUUUUUGUCCUCUCUGGAGUUAUUUAUUGACUUUUUUUCUUUCCUUUGCUGUCAAGAUUUAGAUAAUCUUUUGGUUAUAUUUUUCUGUGUCUUUUAAUUAAAUUUUUUGUUUUGCUGUUCUUGGUGUAUCCAAUGAGUUGUUGUUGUUGCUUUUGUCUCAUUCAUUCUUUUUUUUUUUACUUUUAUUUCACUAGAGAUGUUCGUCAACCUCUCUCCCAAAUUCGGCUGAGUGUUUCUAUGUCCCUUGGAGUUGGACAGAUCAUCUUCCUCGCCGGAAUAAGCGACACAGAACACAAAGUCAGGGGCCUCUCCUUCUAUCCAUAGAAUGAAUUUACUCUUUGCACCGUAGAUAUCUUGUCGAAAGGAGCACGUUAAGAAUUAUACGAAAACUCUUUCUUUCCACAGGCUGCCUGUGUUUCAGUAGCAGCUCUGGUGCAGUAUUUCUUGAUGGUCGCUUUCUGUUGGAUGCUGGUCGAGGCAAUUUAUCUCUACUUCUUCGUUGUGAAAGUUUACAACAUUAACACCAAGAUGUACAUGUAUCACGUCACCUCAUGGGGUAAGUUGAUUAUUUUACAACAUGCACUGGUAACUGUAACCAUGCAUUUGGAUCGCCAAAUCUGGUGUUGUGAUUCAGCGAAGUGUUUCGAUUUCCUUCUUUUCUUUGUGGGUAGGUCUUCCAAUGAUCAUGGUGGCCAUUUCACUUGGCAUCGCUGCUGGGAAAGAAGGGUUACAAAGCUAUACGAGUGAUAAAUAGUGAGGAAAAAAAAUAACGGUGUCUUCUUGCUUUUCUCCUUUUAAUUAAUUUCAUUGCAUUCUUCUUUUGUAUGUUUGUAUAUGGUUUAGAAUCGGUAUCAUUUAAUUUGCUGAAAAUUUGUGUUUCUUUCUUAUCUUUUACUUCUUUGAGUAUAGUUGCUGGCUUUCCUCGACUAACAACCUAAUCUGGAUAUUUGUCGCCUUUGUGGCUUUCAUUGAAAUUGUGAGUUUAUGAUUAGUGUUGGUGAUUCGGACUGGUAUACCUGCACUAAUUAUUGCCAAAGAUUUUUUUUCUCUUCUCUUAAAUAUAGAAUUAAGUAUUUACCAUGCAUCCCCACACAAUAUUUAACUAUUUACUCAAAAUAAACUUUGGACGUAGCCGCUGUGUUCGGGGAUGCUGGUCAAUUUUAAGCUAGUGAUGGCCUUCAAUAACGAGGAAAACCUGUUGAGACAAUGUCUUCACAGGCAUAAGAUAGCUUAAUAUGUUCUCCAACUUUUACUACAUAGUAUGGAAAGAAAAAACCUAUCCAACUUCCUUGUUAAUGCUUGUCAUAGUUUCACAUUGAUAUAUGAAGAUAUGAUUCUAGCGCAAAAAUAACUCAUAAAGCAAUAUUGCAAAAGGGGAAAGGAGCAGAAAGAGGUGGAGAUAUUGAAUUUAUAUUAUUUAACAUGAGUUUCACUCAGCGUAGUUCAUUUAGUGUGGACACUUUUGUUCGCGAUUUCUUUAGCUCCUUGGUAAAGGAUCUAAGCUCAUAAUCUAGGUCCCCCGGUUGGAAGUUCUAUUCCCUGUAGAAGACUCUGUACCCAACCCUUGUUACCAGACUGGUGACGUUUUUUGCGAGAAAGGAUCCGCUCUUACCUUGGCGAUUCAACUACCAUUUCCUAAUACCUAAUUUAUUUCUAUUGUAUUCUUCAGCUCAAUAUGUUGAUACUCGUACGAGUCAUAAAGGAGAUGACCAAUUUGGUGCAGCCAACAGCGGAAGACAACCAUUUUCAGCAAAUACGGUAAGAUUCCCAACGUAAAACUAAAACAAACUAGUAGAAGAGAUUGCUUUUGAGGCAUAUUCGCCCAACUUCCCCAUUCUUUAACCCAAUGUCUAACGAUGAAAAUUAAUUGUCAAAGGAAACUAAAGAAAUGUUUUUUUCAACUCCUAGACUUGGCAUCAAAGCAUGCGUGGUGAUGAUUCCCCUACUGGGUGUCACGUGGCUAUUUGGUCUACUUUCGCCUGUACAUAAAGCUUUCGCUUACAUCUUCACCAUACUCAACUCUACUCAGGUCAGUGUUCGAUAGUAACUCUCAAAAGUCAUUCAGUCCCUAUUAUUAUUUUACUUAGGGUCAGGCUAAACGUGAGAGACACCAUUACAUUGGUCAGUUGAUAUUUAUUAGAAUUCUGAGAAAAAAAGCUGUUAACUAUGCAACAGAUUCUUCUCCAUUUAUGAGAUAUGCAAUUUUCCCUCCUUCUUGGAAAUCUUAAUAGAAAUUUGACUAGUGUAUUUGAAUGUUGUGAAAAGUAAUGAACUUUAAAUCAUGUUUAUGCUGCAGGGUCUCCUGAUUUUCGCUUUACACGGUAUGCGAGACACUCAGGUAAGAAAAAACAUUAGACUGAUUCUACACCAACUGCAUCUCAUCAAGUCUUAGUGUUUCGAUAAAAUAUCCGAGUGCUAAGAACCAUAUUCCUUGUUGCUCGUCUAUCUGCAGAUCAGAGAGCGAUUUGAAAGAAAGAUGAACAUCGUUUUUCCAUUCCACAAUUCCACAAGGAAGAGCCCACACGUCAAUCCAAGUGAAGUUGGAAAUGUAUGGGCAGUUGAAUUGCAGUCUUGAGCUGAAUUUAAAUCGAAAUCGCCUUAACUUAAUAACUGGAUCCAGUCAGCCGUAAAUAACAGUCAAUUACUUAGUAUAAUCAGCUAUUAGUCGGUUGCGAUCGGUCUGAGUUACAAUCUGCAGACAAAAAGAAGUCAUUCUCUUCAUUAUUGUUUAAGCACUCAACUACUUGUAAUUGUAACCUAUCUUCUUUAUGAUUAUUAGUUUAUUUUCUAGGCGAUCAUAUAUUUGCAGGCAAGAUUCAUCGAAAUAAACCAAUCUAUAGAUUUAAAUUUCUAAUGGCUUAGUAUCUUUAUGACUGUCCUUCGAAUAAGACCACAGAAAUCUAGAAUGCCUAGUCAUGCCGACAUUCAUACCAAGGAACUUCUCGAGAAUUUUACUAGGUUACGUAGUUAAGAUGUAACACUACCAAUCUAGUUGUGUUGUAAGCUUCCAGAAUUUUGAGGAAUUAUUUGUACAUUAGGACUCAGUGCAGCAGUAGUGCUUGUUGUUGUCGGGAGUGACUGACUUUUCCGAAAGCUAUACUGAGAGAGAGCUACUAUGGAAGAUUGUGAAUUUCGAGGAACUUUGAGGACAACCAUGAGAUUGUGUAUGGGGUGAGCUAAUAAAUUGUGGUGGGCUUCAAUCACUUUGUUUAGGGAUAAUUACUCUACCUCCUUUAAGAGUCGUUCCUUGGUAAGAAUAUUACAAGUUGUUCAAUAAAUUAUUUGGGUUUGUUGAUAGAUAAUGCUCUUUCUGUAGGUUAAAGGGGUAAGUUUCUAAAGAAACUGUGGUGCUGCGUCGGUGGGAGAGUAUAGCAGGUAAUUUA